AUGUUAUUUAAUUGUUAUUUUUUAACAAUUAUUUUCCAAUUAACUAUUUUUUAUAUUUUUAUUUUAAUGAAGAGUGCCUAUGAAUUAGAUACUAAAAAGUCAGAAUUACUUGCUCAUUUAUUUAUAUCACGUAAUUUAACCCUCAAAUUUGAAUUAUUACAAAAGAAUGGAACAGAAGCUAAUUUAUUUUCAAUUAGUGAAAGGGACAGUAACAAAUCUUUCCGUAUUUCUACAUCGACAAUAAAGAAAACAGUUAAAUUUAAUUUUAAAUCUGUUCGAAUCUCGUUGUGGUGUAAGUCCUUAAUGUUGAGAAAAUCAUACACUAAAAUGAGAGAAUUACUUGCACAUUUAUGCGGGGGAUGUGAGAGGGGAUCAGAUACGGGGAUGUGA